CAGCGGAGCUUCUUCUUCGGACUGGGAGGUGGACUCAAGUUUGGAGAGCUUUAGAGCGGAAAAUUAAGAUGGUGAGAGCACCCUGCUGCGAGAAGAUGGGCCUAAAGAAAGGGCCAUGGACCCCUGAAGAAGACCACGUCCUUGUUGCUUACAUCCAGAAAUAUGGCCAUGGCAAUUGGAGGGCACUCCCUAAGCAAGCUGGACUGUUGAGGUGCGGCAAGAGUUGCAGACUGAGAUGGACUAAUUAUCUGAGGCCUGAUAUCAAGAGAGGGAAUUUCACCAGGGAGGAAGAAGACACCAUCAUCCAACUGCAUGAAAUGCUGGGAAACAGAUGGUCCGCAAUCGCGGCAAGAUUGCCCGGAAGAACGGAUAAUGAGAUAAAGAAUGUGUGGCAUACCCAUCUGAAGAAGAGAUUGAAGCAGAACACUGCACCACCAAACCAGGCGACCAGCACCAUCACUCAGGUUGCAGACGACAAAGCCGUACAAGUUAGACAAGUAACAAAACCUCCCCAAGUCACGGAAUCCUGUGUCCCUACGACGGCCGGAUUCGAGAACUCAAUCCCAAGUCCAGUGUCCCCACAGCAAUCAUCGUGCAAUUUCUCCUCGUCAAGCACCGAAUCAUCGUCAAUCUUAACGUACGAGAACAGGGCAGCAGUCGCUUCAGCCGCAGAAGACGAAUGCAUGGACUCCUUGGAGUCCAAUUGGACGCAAGCGAGCAAUACAAUCGGGUUUUGGCCUGAAAAUCUAUCCGGCAUGGAUGAAUUCUGGCUGGAGGCUCUCAAAGAAGAAAAACUCGACGGCCAAGAAGAGGGCUUCCCGGCAGGCAGCGUCAUGAUGGACCCCACCUACCAGGCGCCACUAUCUCCAUUGACGUUCCCAGUGUACCAAGACGAUAACAUGGACUUCUGGUUGAACGUGUUGAUGGAGGCAGGGCAGAUGCAAUCGAUGCCGGAGUUUUGAGGAGAUUGAACGGAAGUCUGGAGAGAGAUAACCGGAGAAGCUUACAACAAACUGAAAAAGGACAAAGGAAAGUCUCUCCCUUUUCCCACGUCCUAUUCGAAAAAUUUUUGUCGGUUGUUGACCAUUUGUGAGAAAAGCUGGGGCUGCUGUGAAAGUUCCUUCCUGGAAGAGAAUUUCCGCGCCCGUUGUAGAAAAAGUAAAAAGCUGAAAGAUAAAUUUUGAGUUCUUGGCCCGUGCUGAUUGGAGACGAAGGGUGACAAAAUUCUAUAUACGUGGAAAGGGCGAAAGACAUACUUUUAGUGCAUGGAGAGACAGUAAUGUAAAGCAGAUCGGCUGGAAUAGUUGAGUAUCGUGUUAGGCAGAUGUAAGAGCUGGAAGGUUGCAGGAUUCCCCCGACUUCUCGAGAGAGACCAUUUGUAUGUGAUCAAUAAGGGGUUGCUUUCGAUGUUCACGGUGAGCCAUGGUAGAUGGGACCGGAUACUACUCCUGCUAUUGAGUUGUGUAUAUCUAUGAUUGAGUUAUAUAUUAUACAUAUACAAUUUCUGCAAAUUCAGGACUAUUUUUCUGCCACAUAAUCAUAAAAUAGAUUUUUUUUUUU